AUGUCUAAUUGGGCUGGACUGCAGAAGAUUGAUGAUGGUCUUUUUGCUGCUGUUUCUGACACGUACAAGAAUCUUUUGCAGUUUGAUGGUUCCUUCGAAGAUGAAGCUGGGGCUAGAUCUACUGUGGAGGAAUUUCUUGCUGGAAAGAGGACAGCAGGCGAUAUCGAAAACAUUUCAAAGGAGCUCUGGGCAUGGAGGCAGUCGCGCUUGAAGAGGAGGCCGUCCGAGGUAGUGCUUUUGCAGAGACGCUUACCUGAGUUCGCUGCUAGUGUUCCACGCUCCCAGAAGGAUAUCACUGCGGUUUUUGAAGAGGCAGUCAACACCACCCCUGCUGUUGCGCUGUCCCUGCUGAAGCGUGCAAUCAGAGCAGCUAGGGCCCAUGGGGACAAAGAGGAGGUAGAGAACAAGUUGCGUGAGAAGUGGGCCCUCGAGCUUGUCGCCAUUAUACAGGAGGCAGAGCUGCCUGCUGCAGAGCGGAUUGCUGCACUGGGCAAUGACAAUCAUUUCUGGAUGGCAAGCCUUUCACUCUUGGAAGGCGUUGGGAUGGUACCGGCUGGCAAACGUCUUAGCGAGGACCCCUUGCUGCUUGAGAGCAUCAAGUCUUGGACAGCCGAGCUGGAAGUCGAUCAAGCUGCACCAAAGGCAGCUGCAAUGUUGCCUGUUUCAGUCGUGCUAAUAUGCGAGCUGGUGGUUUGCAGGCCUUUGUACCCACCUGGGUUGCGAUUCAUGGCUUUCAUUUUGCUGGUCAUGGUAUGGGCAAGCCUGCGCGCAGAUGAUAUGCAAAACGUCAAUCCAGCCAGUGUGAAGCUGAGCCAGGUCGGACUGAGGUUCAUCCUUAGGAAGACGAAGACGAGUGGACCUGGGCGCAAGGUUGGUGAGCUGCAUGGGUUCAUUUCUCGGGUCGUGGGACUCAGUGGCUUUGACUGGCUCGGGGAAGGUUUCAAGCUGCUGACUUCUGAACGAUUUUCAUGGGCGCGAGAUUUUCUUUGCCCUUGCUUUACAAAUGAGUGGGAUGAGCCAAAGAGAGAAUACAUGGACGCGGAGGGCCUCGCCUUGCAGUUGAGGCGUUUGCUGAAGGAGUUGCCUACACCGGUGAGGCAAAUGGGAACCUGGAAGGUGAAACGAGAGCUGCUGCUGCCUGGCGACGUCGCAAACUUUUGGACAGGGCACAGUCCUCGUCACUUCGUGGUGAGCAUUGCAGCCGCCAUCGGGAUAUCAAAGGACCGGCGUGAUUAUCUGGGGCGAUGGGCGUAUGCUCAACAUGGGUCACAGGAUUACGUCCUCACUUCGCGUCAGGUGGUCCAGGCGAUCCAGACCACUGUUUGCAAGACACUGCUAUUGGGGGGCGAUGGAGGCGGUUACAUUGAGGAGGAGCUGCUUUGCACUUUAAGGAGUUUUGCUGAUGACCUUGGAUUGAAUGGCGAGGAGAUCGUCGGCGCAAAUACGGUGAUGCAAUGGGAUGGACACAAACAGACCUGGUUGCUGGGGGGACAAUAUCCUGCUUUUGCUGUGAACCCGGAGAGGGUUCCGAUUGCCGAAGGGGAGCUCGAGGCGAAGCUCCCUGGAGAAUAUGAGGCUUUUGAAGCAGAGCCGGACGAGGACGAGGCGCCGUACUUCUUGACUGUCUCUCGGAGAGGGUUCAGACGUUUGCAUCUUUCCAAGCGUUGUGCAGUCCGGAGAGAGAGGUGCCUCGAGACCAUUCCAGUUUUCCACCUUGGAGAGGGCAUUGCUGAUGCGAUGUGUAAGCUGUGCAAGCCGCGGGUGGAGUUAGGCGAAGAGUCUUCAACUAGUGGCUCGGAGGACACUGUUGAGGGUGAGCAGGAAGCUCUUGAGCCAGAGGCAGCAGAGCGCAGUGCUCGAUUAGAGCAAGACGUGCCGGAAGGAGAGCACGCAUUAAAGAGUGAGAUUGCUGGGGAGGGGUGCGGGGACGCUGUGCUGAGAAGCACCUGGUGCAAUGGCCGGAGCGGCGCCGGCUCCUGGGCCAGCAGAGUUGCCGACAGGGGUCACCCAGAAUGCGGAAUGCCUUUGGGAUUGCAGUAUCGAUUGGGACAAAACUUCAAAUCAGUGAAGCGAUUCUCGACAUACGCUGACACACGGGGCGAAGUGCGCACUGCUUUGAAAGAUGAUCACCAGUUGGAGGCCACUGACCAGGCGAGCAGAGCUGUCGUUGCAGCAGUAGUUUCAGCCUGGGAGACAUCGCGCGAGGUCGCCAGCAAGGAGACGGAGUUGAGGGCAGAGGCGCGCAUGCUGGGCGUCAGCAGACCAGUGACGCAGACUGAGAAGCAGGCUAUGAGGGUUGCGUAUGAGGCAGCCCACGGGAUGCUCGAGGAGGCAUUCGAGCCUUCCGACGACUACAUCUCUGCAAAGCUUGAGGAGGUCGAGAGUGGCGAGAUCACCGCUAGUGCCCUUUCUGAAGUGACAUCCAAGAAGAAGGUGAAGACCAUGGGGAUACAGACGACAGUGGAUACUGGAGGUCAUGUCAGGAUCGUCAAACAGAAGAACAAAGGGGUAAUGCCCUCACAUACAGAAGAGCUGAGAACGGUGCUGAGAGUUGAGGGCAAUAUGUGGACAUUUUUGGCAUCCAAGUACAAGAACAAGAUCUUUUUCCAAGGCAUGGGGCCAGAUGCUUGGCUGGGAUAUGCAAACUACUUGCUUGGAGAACGGGUGUACUUGCUGCAGGUCCCGGUCACCGGGAAGGGCGGGAAGAUGGAUCAAAUCCCACUGAAACCGCCAUGGGUGGUGAUUCUCAACUAUGAAUACGAGUUGAGGAAAGAAGCGAUCAAGAGAGCCUUUCGUGAUUCCCGCCCCUUGCGCGAGACCCUUCGGGAGGUGACAGAUGAUGCACAGUUGAAAGAACAGUAUUUCACAGCUCCCAUAGCGCUGCAAAACAGAGGAAAGCGUGGCAGUGAUCAAUGGGAUGGCCAGCACGAUGAUGGAAAAUGGCACCGGGACACCUGGCGAAAAGGAGCUGGCUGGGGCAAAGGCACACCGCGCAAAGGAGAUGACAAAGGACGUGGCGAUCAAAAGGGCAAGGACAAGAAAGGAAAGGACCCAAAGGGUCCUGGCAAAGGGAAGCGUGAGAGCGUCACCACCACUCGAACGCCAGACGGGAGGUGGAUCUGCUUUGACUACUCCGGGCCAGGAUGUGAUGGAAACUGCGGCAUGGUACACUGCUGCAUGGUCAAAGGACAGGGCGGCAUGGGCCUGGUCCUUCCAGGCCCUGAGGCGCAGCUCAGAUGGCCGCAGUUCGAUGCAACAGGGUCCUAUGUAGGGCCAAUUGGCCGGUGCGAGCAUUUGCAUCAUGGUGGGGCAGGCAUAGCGCACGAUGGAAGUUGGAAGACGGACACACCUCUUCCGUUGGCCUUCUGUGAACAUGUGGUGCAGAUGGCAUGUGAUUGGCAGUUGUCUGGGCGCACUACAGACGACGUCGGCCAUCCGGCUGAACAGUUCGCCACAUGCUUGCUAGAGCAGUCCGAUUCGCGUAAGCUUGGGAAACAUGAUGGAGAAGCUCUGGCCCGCCUGCUUGAAUACGAAGCACCGCAUCCGGCAGCAGUGGCAGAUGCGGCCACGGAGCAAAGUGGCGGUAAGGCCUUCUUCGGCGGAGCCUACACUAAGGGUGGCAUCACGGGUUUGCGCCGUUCUUGCCGGGUGUUCCCUCAGUCCCUUAAGUGCCUCACCUUGCUCCUGCGUGAUGCCUUCCCCAACAAGCCCUUUAGUUCCCUUGUGGUGUUCAAUAACGUCAAGAGUACUAUGCACAAAGACGUGCACAACGCGCCUUAUCCCAACUUGCUUCUUGCCUGGACCACUUUCCAAGAUGGGCAGGUUUGGAUGGAAAGCAGCCACGGUCAUGUCGUGCGCAUGGUUCGCGGCAUCCCGCGCAAAGGCGUUCUUCUCCCAGUGGCCCAAGCUCCGCAGGAGCUCCAGGCUCACAACUGCUUCCAUCAAACCGAGGCGUGGACUGGUGAUCGAGUUCUCUUAGUUGGAUUCACAGUCACCCGCCUUCACUCACUGUCACCGCCCAUGCGUGAUAACCUCCUCUCUUUGGGCUUCGUCCUUCCCCCAUCUGCUCACCUGCCACAGCAAGGGGGGGAGGGGCUCGCUGAUCGGGAGGCCGAAGCGGUGCCGGCGAUGGCAUUGCAACAUGAACUCCACGCUACUCAGGAGGGACCAUCCUGGAGGCCCCGGGCCCCGUCCUUGGCACCCCUUCAGGCCCCGCAUAGCACCCCAACAGGAGGGACCAUCCUGCUGGCACCUGAGGCUCCCCUUUCCGACCAACCCGAUGGCGAGGACGUUGGUGACUCCCAAGAGUUUGACCCACGCACAUCCCGUUGCAGUGGGCCGGCCUUGCGUUGUCGGCACACACAGGUCCGGCAUGAACUUGUGGAUGGAUUUGGCUUGUGCUCCCCGGGGAGGUGGCGACCGAAGUCACGUGGGGCAUUGGCCUCCGACAUCGAGCACAGCCAUUCCCUUAGCAUACGCAGGAUUCUUGUCAGUGCGCUGCGGGAGGCCAUCCCCGACAGGAAGAAAGCUGCCUUCAUGCUUGCCACGGGGAGGAUGGAGAGCUCACCGUUUUCCCGCAGCACCAUCGCUAAGGUCAGGGAACGGAUUGCUGCUUUGUUGCCAGACCCUGAGCAGGCAAUGCAGAUUCCCCAAGGACAACCUUUCAUGUUGCACAUGCUUUCCCAGUCGCUCCGGGUGUUUGGGGAUCCUGACUAUGCAAUUCUGGACCAAGGGAAGGACUCGUUUGCAGAAGGGGUGCCCCUUGGUUGGGAUAAGCCCAUCGGCAGGGCUCCUCAGGUGUUCCCGAAGAGGACGCACUUCCGGAAGCUUGACGAGACCGAGUUUGAUCCCUCCAUGGUGAACUACCGGUCAGCCGAACUAAAUGCUGAGCAGUUGGAAGAGAAGUUUCGUCAAGACGAACGGGAAGGCCUGAUGAUCUGCACCACGGAAGCUGAGGCUAAGAAGAAAUAUGGAGAGGACGCUGUGCUGAUCGCUGCGAUGGGAGCAGUGACCAAAGCUAAUGGUGAUGUGCGGCCGCUACAUGACGGCACCCAUGGCAUCAACCUAAACAACCGGAUCGUGAUCACAGACAAACUGCAGGUUCCUGGACCAGAAGACCUUCAAGAGGUGGCAGCACGCGUCAAGGAGAGCAAGGAGGCUCCUUUUUCCCUAUGCGCCGACAUCAGCCAGGCGCACCGACGCGUAAAGGUGCGGGAGGCCGAUUGGCCACGCUUGUCGUGCAAGGCAUCCUCGCAAUCGCGCGUGCUUUGGCUAAAUUGCGUUGGAACGUUUGGGGUCAGCUCUGCCGCAUACUACUGGUCGCGCCUUUUCGGAGCCGUUGGACGGUGGACUUUCCGGGUCCUUUCCUUGGACCAAUUCUACAUGUUGAUCUACGUGGAUGAUCUUCACGUCGUGGUGUUUGGCUGCGAUAAGUACGAUACCCUAUGGCUGCUUUUCUUGGCCCUUGAGGUGAUGGGGACUCCUUUCUCUUUCCACAAGUUCAAAGGGGGAGUGGAAGUGGACUACAUUGGAUAUCACCUCAGCUACUUCACGUGGGCAGCUGGCAUUUCGGAGAAGCGGGCAUCCUGGAUCGUUGAAUGGAUCGAUCGAGUGGAAGCCGACGGGUGGAUGGUGUCUGGCAGGCGGCUGGUGGAGUUCACCGGACGUCUCAACUUUGUGACACGCAUGAUCACUUGGUUGAAACCUUUCCUGGCACCAUUGUUUGCUUGGAACGGGGUGCUCAGCCGCAGCACAGUGGCGCGCCUACCCGAGAUGGUGAUGCUAGUCCUUCGAUUUUUCCGCCACCAAUUUUCAUCAGGAGCUCGACUUGAUUCUGUGCACAUGACCUGGCCAGCGCAACAGAGGCAGGCAUUUCGGACGGAUGCUAAGUGCGAGAGGGGGCGCAUUGUGUUGGGGGGCUGGUCCUUAGAUCAUGGGGUUGAUACUAGGCAAGCACCGUGGUUUGCUUUGGAGGUUUUCCCUAAUGACUUGCCAGCACUCUUCAAACCUGAUGGGUCGUCCGAGUGGGCCUCCACUGCCGCGGAGCUGCUCGGCUCAUAUGUCGGGCUUCAUGCAUUCGGGCAUUUGAAGAAAUCUGCCGGGCGGGACUCCUUGAAGAUGCAGGUGUGCGGUGGAACUGACAACAAAGCCACCCCGGCCAUCGCUGCAAAGGGUUUAUCUAACAAGUGGCCCGUGCAAGGGAUCCACAUGCAGUUGUCGGUUGCCCUUCGUGAAGCUAAUAAGGUUUGCAAGCUUGCCUGGAGGCCACGGGAAGAAAAUCAGGAUGCCGACGAUUUGACUAACUUGAAAACUGAAAACUUUGUUCCUUCAAAAAGGGUGACAGUUGCGUUGAAAGAUUUGCAAAUGGGAUUGUUUCACGAGUUGCAUGAGCACUACGAAUCCUUCAGGGAUGAACGAGCAGCCAUGUCAGCUGCUAAGAAAAUUGAGCCUAAGGCCACUAAGAGGCAGAAGUUGCUUGACAAAACGGAAUGGUAG